AUGGCAAUGGCAGUUUCUUCGCUUCUCCGCCUCUUUUUCUUCUUCGUCUUCUUCAUAAUAUUUGUCGAUGGCCAAUGCCUCGAUGAUCAAAAAAAGUUUUUACUUGAGCUCAGAAGUGAAUUCAAAUUCAAUUCUUCCAUUUCACAGAUUUUGGUGAAUUGGAAUGAGACAGGUGGUUGUUGUGAAUUCAAAUUCAAUAAUUCCAUUCCAACUAUGAAUUGGAAUGAGACAGGUGAUUGUUGCAAAUGGUCCGGCAUUGAAUGUGAUGGCUCGGGGCACGUUAUCAGUUUGAUCUUCCCCUCCCACGGCAUGUCAGGCAGAAUCGGUGAGUCAUCAGCCCUUUUCCGGUUGACAUACUUGUCGAGCCUUGACCUCUCGGACAAUGACUUCACCACAACUGAGAUUCCUAACCAAUUCCAUCGCCUCCCGAAUUUGGCAUCCCUUGAUUUGUCAAGUUCUGGUUUCAUGGGAGCAAUUCCAUCCACGUUGGGCAACCUAACAGAGCUAGUCGAACUCCACUUAUCAAGUAACUUCCUAACUGGUCCAAUUCCUUCAUUUCAUUACUGCAAGAAUCUUGAAUGGAUUGACCUUAGUCAUAAUAAUCUAAUGGGCUCACUUUCUCACUUGCAUUUUCAAGGUCUUACAAACCUCUCCCUUAUAGAUUUAAGCCACAAUUCAUUGAAUGGAACCAUUCCUCACCAUCUUUUUGUCCUCCCUUCAAUUAACUAUCUUCAUCUAUCCAAGAACCAAUUCAUUGGACAAAUCAAAGAUAUUUCCAUUGUAGACUCUAACCUUUUUCGGCUGGAUUUGAGUGGUAAUAGGAUUGGAGGUCCUAUUCCUAACUUCUUCUUCCAGCUUCAUCAACGUUUGAAAAUGCCUCUCAUCACUCCAAAUUUCAGUGAUUCUAUUUUCUUGCUCACCAACAAUCGAUUAACUGGAGUGAUUCCAUCCUCUAUAUGCAUAGCAUCUUCACUCAGUGUUCUCGACUUGUCAUUUAAUAACUUGAGUGGUAGCAUACCUCCUUGCCUAGUCAACACUAGGCAAGUGCUUAAUCUUAGGGGAAACAAAGUCAGUGGUGUUAUCCCUGAUCAAUUUUCGAGUGAGUGUAGCCUACAAACCUUUGAUGUUAGUAACAAUAGCUUAGUCGGGGAGGUUCCUAUGUCUCUGGGAAAUUGUAAGAAUUUAUUGGUGAUGAAUGUUGGAAACAACAAUUUCAAGGAUACAUUCCCUUGCAUGUUGUCGUUGGGCUUGCGCAUCCUUGUCUUGCGCUCCAACAGAUUCUAUGGAGACUUGAGAUGUCGUAAGGGUUGGCCAAAUCUUCAAAUUCUGGAUAUAUCUUCAAACAAUUUCAGUGGUCGUCUAAAUUUGCUAAACAUCUCAAGUUUGAGAGGAAUGGUGCUACAAAGUCCUACACAGGGUAGGCUCAACCGCUCAACUCUAACUUUUUAG